GUCUUAUGCUACUCUGUAGCGCUAUAUAGACGUUAAUAUACAAACAAACAAACAAACAAAAUCAAUCAAUCAAUCAAGCCUCUGGUAGAGAGAUACUUAAAUUACCUCCUAAAAUUAUCGCAUAAAGAGGUAUACCUUUAACAUAAGGCCCAUGUCGCGUCGUUACUUGAAGAAACGCGUCGCGGGUUUGUUUACUGCAUCUAAGGGCAUCUAUAUCUUCGCCUACAACAAGCUAACUGUACCAAAAUGGACGCUCCGCCAGCGCCGUCAGCUUUUGCAAUCCUUAAAUCCCCUAAAACCUUAUGCAGCCAGUUCGAAUCAAGUGUUGUAACAGCAUUUCCUGAGAGUGCCGCAGUUAGAGAUCUGCCUCUCGCCGUAUGGAGAAAUAAGCGAUAUGUCUUAGAGGAAUCCUUCUCUCGGAAAGGCUCUAAAGGCAGGAAGAGCUGGAUUAAACAGCAUGGGCUCUUCGUCGUUGAGCUUGACGCCAGCGACACUCCGUUAGCUGGUUACUGGGUUUGUCAUCUUUGCAAUGCAAAGAGUCAGCCAGUAUUCUUCGCAGCAAGCGCGACUACAUCUUCUGCCGAUCACCUUUGCAAAAUUCAUAGGAUCUUUGAAGGUAGUCCUACUACUGAAAGCGACCUAUCGACUGACGACUCUGAUCGAGCUAAAUGACCUCGUUUACACUUUAGUGCUGUGCCGAAAGCCAAGAUUAACGCCGUACGUGAGCUUGGUGUAGGACUUAUUAUUAAUGCAGAUUUACCAUUUUCUGUCUUCAUAAACCUGUACUUUUAGCAGCUUCUCUUGCAACUCGAUCCAUAAGUCGCUGAUCAGGUGCUAUGGAGCAGAUAAUCGAUGAGUCGCUAACUAUACAACAUCUACGACACCAAGAAGCGUAUUAUCUAACAAGAGCUUUGUGACGCAGUCACGAAAAUCCAUUUAGGAUUCUAUCUUUGGAUAUCCCCUAAUCGUUAUGCUAUUAUGGCUGUUACAUCCCACUUUCUCGAUCGUGUCGGCAACCAUCAGACACGCUUGCUUGGUUUACGCCAUCAGCUAGGAUGCCAUAGUGGCACUAAUUUAGCUACUACUCUCCUGAAAGUUGCCACAGAAUGGGAAAUAGAGAGCUAGGUGGGAGUUAUUAUAUCCGAUAACGCCACGACCAAUGACAAAUGCCUUCAAAGCUUCUACCGAAACAUCAACCCGGAGCUGAAGCCUACAGACGUACGUGCUAGGCGCAUGCGCUGCUAUGGUCAUAUUUUGAACUUGGUUACACGUGCGUUUCUUUACAGUGAAGACUUUAAGGCUUUUGAAGCUAAAUCACAGGUUUUUGCUCUCCUUAGCCGCCAGGAAGAGGACCUGAGGCAUUAGAGAAAGAGAGGACCGGUCGGAAAGCUCCAUAAUAUAGUCAAGUUCAUAAGAUCAUCCCCGCAAAGCGAGCUAUUCAAGCGAGCGGCACGUGAAAAUGAUGAAUCAGAAGGCUUUCAGCUAGUAUUCGAGUCAACCACAGAGCUUGAAGUAAUAAUACAUAAUAACAUAAGGUGGAAUUCUAUAUAUUUAAUAAUCUCUCGAGCUAUACUCAAGCAGAAUAAUAUAAGGGUAUUUAUAGUAUACCUUGAAGUGGAAGGAAACCUGCCUCUCGAAGAUGUGCUAAAUAUUAAUAACUGGCGAUUGCUCGGAGAGAUCAAGCACAUUCUCGAGCCUUUUUACCUGCAGACGAUGCGAACACAAGGCUAGGGCAAAGGGGAUAGUCAUAGAUAUCUAUAGGAAGUAUUGACAGGUAUUGAGUACUUGUUAGAACACCUGGAGGACUGGAAAGCCUUCUACAGCGAUACCUCAGAGGAUGCAAUGGAGGAAAACACUGGGCAAGCGGUUGAAACUAUUCAAGGACGCCCAAGUCGUGCACGUCAACUGCCAGCUCGCUUUGAUGACUGUGAAAUUGAUCUACCAUCGCAGCAGCGACUGGAAAGAGCACCACCGGAACAUAUUCCGGACACAUACACUUGGUCAGGCAAACCAGCGAGUAUGUCUAAGGCGGCAGACAUAUAGGGCGAUCAUCGCUGCUACCUGAAGCUAUGUAUUACUAAUACAUAGCAGAAGCUGAACGAAUACUAUAUUAAACUAGGAGAGUCUCCGUUGUUCGCAGCGGCGAUUAUUCUACAUCCUGGGCUUGGAUUUAGAUACUUGGAGACAAAUUAGGCGACGGAAGAGCAGCUUGUAUAGGUGAGAGAUGCCAAGACCGGUCUCUCUAAUUACUUUGAUAAGUGGUACCGUCGCUUGGUACCUCAUGCUACUGAUAAGCCGGCCACUACAGGCGUGGUAAGGGCGUUGGUAACAGCCGACAAGCGCGGCGAAGCGAGUGAGUUCAGACAGUGGGUGAAGAGUAGAACGAGUAAAGCGGCGACGACAGGCAGCGAGCUUGACAGGUAUAUGCGAAUGGAGACUCAGGAUACUGAUGACCCGAUCAGCUGGUGGCUGACACAUCAAGCUUCGUUCCCUGCGCUCAGUCAACUUGCGCUGGAUGUGUUUGCGAUACCAGCAAUUGCUACUGAUUGCGAAAGGU